UUCAGUGACAGAAGUGAAUUUCUUUGUUUUAAUCAACAUUCUUAAAAUAAUUUACUCGCGUUAUUAAGUUAGUGAUUUAUUACGAACAUAUUUUAAUGAUGAGCUCGCCGUUUAAUUUUGAUGACCUCUUUCCACGUGAAGAAAACAAAACGCCGUCAUUUGAAAAUUUUCUGUGUGAUGAACUUAAAACACCGACACAUGAAAAUUCCCAAUGUGAUGAACUUAAAACACCGACAAACGAUAAUAAUUGUCCGGCUUCAAAUGUGCACGAUGUUGAAACUCCAAAAAACUUCCCGGAAAAGAGCUUCUGAACUCUCCCAGACCGGGAAAUAUGGUAAACGUUCCAGACUUCCUGAAGAUAAAAAAUUGUCUAAUGGAUGGAACUUAAAUUUGGAAGAAACAGCACCAGAAUUUCCAGAAGAACCUUUGCAAAUUAAUGAUGAACUUGAUAAGGCAAUAAAUGAUGCAAUUAAAGAUGUGACAGAACCAACCGAAGCAUCUUCUGGAUGGUGGGAGCAGUUCACCGAAUAUCUUUCGAAGAUGGAUUCUCCAAAGUCUCCCAAAGAAUCUGAAGUGAUUGACCAAAACAUAGAAGAAACUAAAGGCAACUUUGAAGACAACAAGUUUGGUGAAUCUCUGAAAGUAGAUUUAAAUAAUGAAUUUGAACAAAUUUUAAAAUCUACGUCUGAGCAAAUGGAUAACAAAAAAGGAUGAAUAUUCUACGAAGAAGGAUACGCCAAAGCCUUCGAAACACACCGAUUCGAUUGACCAGGAUGUAAUGAAAAGAAAUGAUCCAUCAUCAAAACAAGUGAAGAGUAGUAAGGAUAUUAAUGAAAGCAACCCUGAUGUAUCGGUCAACUUAGAUUCCAUAUUUGGAUUACCAGAUGCAAAACAUAAAAGUGCGCAGAAACAGAAAACUAUCUUCGAACGAAAGCCUAAAGAUAAGGAGGUCCAAAAGCCCGUUAUUGAAGAUCAGCCAUUUGAAGAAGAUAACGAGCCAAUGAAGGAAUUUUUGGCAGCAUUUACAAAAUUUGCUCCUUUGCAACAAAGGGAAAGCCAAGUGCCAGAUAAUGCAGAGAUUGGAGAGACAAACAGAGACGUAGACGCCGAAAGCAAGCUGGAAACAGGAAAUUCGAAAAAUUCAUCGGACUCAGAAGAUUUCUUGAAGAACAUUGAUAGCUCUGAGUCAGCGAAGGAAUCAUCGUGUUCUGGCUCGGAAUCUGUAACCGAUUCAAAAUCAAAGAAAAAAGCUCGAAAACGGAAUGCAACUUCACCAUCUAGUUCUAGUCAAGGAGAGUCCAACGAAUCCAAAAGUAAAGAGAAUGCCCAAGAUCCUUUUGCAUUAGUCGAAGCAUUGCGAGAAAUGGAAAAUAAAGAAAAAACUGGCGGCAAGCAAAAAAAAUCAAAGAAAAAACGCAAAAGCAAAAGAAAGUGGAACAGCUCCUCAGAUUCAAGUUCUAAAGGAAACAAUAAACGCUCUAGAAAGCACAGCGACUCGGACAGCGAUGAUUUCCUUACGUCCCGCAAAUACAAAUCAAAACAUAAGGCAAAUGUUAGGAAUGGCUUGGAUUUCUAUGAAGAUGAUAGUGUAAGUGAAGAUGAUAGAUUUAGCUCUGAUGGUUUCGGUUAUAAUGAAAAGCUCAACUCGGAUUUUUCAAAUGCAAAUCAAUUAAACGAGUAUGAGGAGCUGUUCAAUAAGAUGUAUCAGAUUUUUGAACAGGUUCCCAGUCGCUACAAAUACGAAAUGAAUACUGUGCUCUAUCCCACUCUAGUUGUGGUUUAUCUGCGCAUGAUUGCCAGCGGCAAGUUUCGACGAGGCAAAACCUUUGUGGAGUCCUCGAUGCGUUCCUUAGAUCACUCUCUAAUGCCACGUAUCGAUAAACUAAUGACGCUGCAAUGCUCAGCCGAUCUGCCAAAGAAGGCCAGAAGAUUGCUCGCUGGCGAGCAACAAGCUCGGGUUAAAGUAGUUCUGUGUGAGCAGAGCUACGAACUGCUUAUGUCCUUCAAGAAAAGCUGGGCAUCCUCAAAGCAGUCUUUAUUCGAACAGCAUUUCGAACUGAUUAUCAAGGAGAACAAUGGAGUACCGUAUCAGCAAAUUGGAAUUGGUUGCGCCCCCUUAGAUAAGGUUUAUUGGGCCACAGGCGAAGCAGUCAAGGAGCCGCCACCGCAAAGUCCUCGAGCAGCGCGACGCAAUCGCUUGAAGAAAACCAAACUGUCACCUGUUAAGAACCAGCACAUGCCCAUUGGCAAUCGUCUCUAUACUCCAAUGCCCAGACGUUGGGACUUGGAGCUGCAAAAGGACGAUGAGGAGCAUCGAGUGCCUUUGGACAAAGAUAACUUGCCAUCGAUUUAUAUCCAUGAUGUGCGCGAGAAGACUGAAUCUGUCAUCUGUGCCACCCUCUCUAGCAAGGCCACAAUGCUGGCCAUUGGCACUCAGUCGGGUGCAGUCCACGUCUCCUCGCUGACCUCUACAAAGCUGGUGAAAAUCAAGUCGGCCAAGAGCUUGGAGAAACUCGACACCAGCACUCCGGGUAUAGAUGAGCGCAUGAUGGACGCGUCGAGUGAAAGAAUGAUACGUAAACUCUAUGGACAUCAAGGAUCUGUUUACAGCUGCGCCUUUGAGCCACAUGAUCAUUUCCUGCUGACUUCGUCCCAGGAUCGCACUGUGCGUUGUUGGUGCCUCUUCACGUGGAGCUGUGUGGUCAUCUAUCCCGGCCACAUGGCGGCCAUCUACAGCGUGUGCUAUGCGCCCCAAGGCUAUUACAUUGCCACCGCCUCUGAAGAUCGCACGGUUCGCAUUUGGACACAGGACAGUCGGAAAUCACUUUGUGUGCUCGUCGGACAUCUGGCCGAGGUGAGUAACUGCAAGUUUCAUCCAAAUAGGCAUUACUUGGCCACGGGAUCGGCCGAUUGCACUGUUCGCUUGUGGGACAUUAUUAAGGGAGUUCAGGUACGACUUUUCACUGGUCACAGAGAUGGCAUCACUGCUUUGGCCUUUUCAACUUGUGGACGCUACUUGGUCACAGGUUCUAACGAUCAUUAUAUAGUUGUAUGGGACAUCGAAAAGGAACACUUGGUGCGUGCUCUGUCCUAUCACACUGCGGGCAUUAAUAGCAUUGUGUUUGCCAUGGAUAACAAGCUCUUUAUGGUUGGCGGACAGGAUGGCGAGUUAUCGAUUUGGAACUUCGAGCACCUGGUUCAGGAAUACGAUUCGGAUGAGAUAAGGAAAUUGACGAACUCGAAAAGAAAAAGCUCGAAGCUUAAGAGUGACGAUUUGCUGGUCAUCUCUUACCCCACCAAGGAAUCUCCUUUCUAUGAGCUGCACAUCACGCCCCGCAAUUUAUUACUUGCGACUUGUAUUUUUAAAAUGGAGGCCCCUGAUAAAGAGUCUGACAUGAACAAGUCUACUGAUGAUGAAGAGCUUGCAAUGAUUAAGGCUUACUUUACGGCGCAAUCGAAUCGUGAAAAGGUAGUUAUGAAAUCGACUCGUGAUGAAUGUGGUUUGGACAUUUUCAAAUCGUUGAUGGGCUAUAAAAUUGAAUCACCAGAAGAUGACAGCCCAGAAGCAGAAACUGUCUUAGAUGACGUGGUCGAUACAUCUCUUAAAAAAGAGUUCCAUUUGUCAAACGAAAAGCUUUGUGAAUCUUUAGAUAUCAUUUUGGAUGACUUCGAUGAUAUAGUUGAUGAAGAUAAGCGAAGUGUUGUUAAAGUAUUUAAUAAUGAAGGCUGCAAUAGUAAUGCUGAUGCAGUAUUUGAAGAAACAUUUAAGGAACAACAGCAAGAAGAUGUAGUUAUUGUUGAAUCGACCAGGCUGGACAUAAUAGCAAUACCAAGCGAAUCGCAAGUGAAUAAUGAACAAUUUAAAGGGUAUUCGACAGAUUCAAGCACGGAAAGUGAAGAUGUUUCAGACAUAAGAUCUCUAGAAUCAUCUGACAGUAACAAUCUUCAAACUCCCAAUAUAAUUACGAAGAAUUGGGUAAACAAAAAUCGGAUAGAAGAAUUAAGAAAACGCCAAGAAGGUAAUAAAAGAAAACGCAAGCUUCCACUUAAGACAGUGAGAAGGGAAAUUCUUUCUCGUGGCAAAAAUCUCCAAUUGCUUCAAGACAAUAACAACAUAGGUAAUCAACAAGUACAAAAUAUUUCUCAACAAAAUAAUACUGUAUCAAAAGUGUUACCACCUACAAAGGAACUAAAGCAAUCAAACCUUUCAGAAGUUGAUUCAUAUGGCACCAAAAAUGUUAACAGAAAAGUCCGUAGACCAUUUUUAGGAUAUAACGAUAAGCAAGUUGGUUUUAAUCAUGGAGAGAAAGAGAAUCUAAUAAACAAGGAUGCUAGAAAUGAAAACAACGCAGUUCCGAAGUACGAAAUGGAUGAAUGUAAGCCAAUUCCUCAUAUUAUUCAUGAAACUAUUGAUUUUAAGCAACCAGGAAUUGGAACUGAGAACAAACCUCUUCCCAAACUCAACCAAAAACCGAAUGUGGAACAUAAUUAUGCUGGACAAAACCAAACUAGAGAAUACUCUGCACCUCAAAGUGUCAAUUAUCUAAGAAACCAGACAGCGGGAAAUCAAUAUAACACAACUCAGAAAUUCCAAAUGGUACCAUGUAAUCCACGUCUUGAUCCUAAUCGAAAAACAAUUGUGGGAAAUAUAGCGAGUGGUCAAAACCAAACUAGAGAACAUCCUGGAUAUGCUGGUAAGAUAAUUAGUGUAAAUAAGGAAGCUGGAAAUCAAGGAAGUAUGGUUUUGAAACACCAAAUGAAGCCACAAAAUCCAGGAUGUUCUGUUAAUUAUCUAAGAAACCAGAGAGUUGGAAAUGAAAACACGAUGUUCCCGAAAUACCAAAUGGUACCGAGUACUCUAGCUUUUGAUCCUAAAACUAUUGCUGGAUUUAAGCGACAAGAAAUUAAAUGUGAAAACAAACCUUCAUUAAAAUUAAAUAUGGCAAAUAAUUGUACUGGACUAAAUCAAACUAGAGGAUGUCCUGGCAAUCCACUAGCUGUAAAUCAGAAUAGGAUAAUCCCGAAAUACCAAAUGGUAACACGUAAUCCAUUUCUUGAUCCUAAUCAUAAAACAAUUGCUGGCUUCAAGCGUCAAGAUCAUAGAUUCGGAAGCAAACCUCCUUCACAAGUAAAUAUGACAAAUAAUUGUAGUGGACCAAAUACCAUUAGACAAUGUCCUGGCAGAUAUCUAAGAAACCAGAUGGUUGAAAAUCAAAAUAGGAUGGUCCCGAAAUUCCAAAUGCUACCACGUAAUUUAGCUCCUGAUCCUAAUCGUAAAACAAUUGCUGACUUUAGGUAUCAAGAAAAUGGAAUUGGAAACAAGCCCACUCCAAAACUAAAUGUAGAAAAUAAUUCUGUUAAUCGCAAUCUAUAUAAUCACAAUAUUCUUAAUGUCAUGGAGAGCCAUGAUAAAUCGCACACAAUAAUUCGCUCAAGUAAUGAAAAUGGCUAUAAUAGUAAUAAUAUGGUAACUACUAACAAACACUUCUCGGACAAUGAAAACACUUCAGAUUCAGAUUCCAGAUCUACAGAAUAUGAAUCUUCUUCUGAUGAAGUUGCCGAAGAUAUUUCGACGAAAGAUUCAAAUUCGAUAAAUGCAUUUUUUCCUCAAAAAGCAAAUAGUAAACAAAACAGAAAGGUAUCAGAUGGAAAACCAGGAACAAAUGAAGAAUCCGAUUUAAGCACACAAAGCGAGUAUUCGGACUCUAGCGAAGUAGAAGAAGAAGUGCCUAAACACAGUGGGCCCGCUUUUAUUCCUCAAAAUAUGAGCAAUGAACGAAACAAAAUCGACUCUGCAGGAAUAACAGAAUCAUCCAGGCAUUAUUCAAAAGAUGGCGAAUCUUCAAAUUCUAGCUCUGAGGAAAAAGACAUCACAGAUGAUCCUAAUGAAUUAUCUAUGAAGGACAAGGAGCCCGCCCAAAAAGUAAAUAGAACAACUGGAAAGUCCAUGCAUUAUUCCACAGAUGACCACUCUUCAGAUUCCAACUCAGAAGAAGACAAAUCCUCAGAUGAUACUGAAGAAUUAUCUAUAAAAAAUGAUGAGCAUAAUCAAAAAGUAUACGGAAGAACUGGAAAGUUAAUGUUCGAAGAAGAAGAUAAAGCUUCAGAUUAUUCUGAAAAAUUACCUAUGAAGGAGAAAGAACAAAAUGAAAAAGUAUAUACAAGAAGAACUGGAAAGUUAAUGUUCGAAGACGAAGCCUCAGAUGGUCCUAAAGAAUCAUCUAUUAGGGAAAAGGACAACAACACUAAAGUGUAUGGACGAGGAAAGAUAAUGUUCGAAGAAGAAGAAAGAGUCCCAGAUGAGUACAAGAAAUUACCUACGAUACACAAUAACGAAAAUAAGAAGGUAUAUGGGAGAGGAACUGGAAAAUCUAUGCAUAAUUCAACAGAUGACGAAUCAUCAGAUUCUAAUUUAGAAGAAGGAGAAGUCUCAGAGGAUCCACCUAUAAAAGAGAAUGAGCCCAAUGGAAAUGUAUCUGGAAGAAGAACUGGAAAGUUAAUGUUCGAAGAAGAUGACGAAGCUUCAGAUCACACUAAAAAAUUACCUAUGAAGGCGAAGGAACAAAAUGAAAAAGUAUAUAAAAGAAGAACUGGAAAGUUAAUGUACGAAGAAGAAGACAAAGCCUCUGAUGAUUCCAAAGAAUUAUCUAUGAAGGAUAAGGAGCACAACAGAAUAGUAUAUGGACGAGGAAAGAUUAUGUUCGAAGAAGAAGAAAGAGUCCCAGAUGAGUACAAGAAAUUACCUACGAUAAACAAUAACGAAAAUAAGAAGGUAUAUGCGAGAGGAACUGGAAAAUCUAUGCAUAAUUCAACAGAUGACGAAUCAUCAGAUUCUAAUUUAGGAGAAGGAGAAGUCUCAGAGAAUCCACCUAUAAAAGAAAUUGAGCCCAAUGGAAAUGUAUCUGGAAGAAGAACUGGAAAGUUAAUGUUCGAAGAAGAUGACGAAAAAUUACCUAUGAAGGAGAAAGAACAAAAUGAAAAAGUAUAUAAAAGAAGAACUGGAAAGUUGAUGUUCGAAGAAGAAGACAAAGCCUCAGAUGAUCCCAAAGAGUUAUCUAUUAAGGACAAGGACAACAACAGAAAAGUAUAUGGACGUGGAAAGAUAAUGUUCGAAGAAGAAGAAAGAGUCCCAGAUGAGUACAAGAAAUUACCUAUGAUAAACAAUACCGAAAAUAAGAAGGUAUAUGGGAAAGGAACUGGAAAAUCUAUACAUAAUUCGACAGAUGACGAAUCAUCAGAUUCUAACUUAGAAGAAGAAGAAGUCUCAGAGGAUCCACCUAUAAAAGAGAAUGAGCCCAAUGGAAAUGUAUCUGGAAGAAAAACUGGAAAGUUAAUGUUCGAAGAAGAUGACGAAGCUUCAGAUCAUACUAAAAAAUUACCUAUGAAGGAGACGGAACAAAAUGAAAAAGUAUAUAAAAGAAGAACUGGUAAGUUAAUGUACGAAGAAGAAGACAAAGCCUCUGAUGAUUCCAAAGAAUUAUCUUUGAAUGAUAAGGAGCACAACAGAAUAGUAUAUGGACGAGGAAAGAUUAUGUUCGAAGAAGAAGAAAGAGUCCCAGAUGAGUACAAGAAAUUACCUACGAUAAACAAUACCGAAAAUAAGAAGGUAUAUGGGAGAGGAACUGGAAAAUCUAUACAUAAUUCGACAGAUGACGAAUCAGAUUCUAACUUAGAAGAAGAAGACGAAGACUCAGAUGAACCACCAAAAUUACCCAUGAAAGAGAAUGAACACAAUGGAAAUGUAUGUGGAAGAAGAACUGGAAAGUUAAUGUUCGAAGAAGAAGAAAUAGAAGAUAAAGAAAACUCAGAUAUUCACAAGAAAUUAACACCAAUAAACAAGAAAGAAAACUCAAAAGUAUCUGCAGAAAGAACUGGAAAAUUCAUGCAUUAUUCAACCGAUGAAGAAUCUUCAGAUUCUAAUUCAGAUAAAGAUGAAACCUCAUAUAAGAAUACCAAUGAUCACACCGAAAAAGGAAGAAAAACUGGAAAAUCGAUGCAUUGUUCAACAGACGAUGAAUCUUCAGAAGAUGAAGUAUCGUCAGAUGAUGAUCAAGACUUAUCUAUAGAGAAUAAUCUUCAAACCGGCAAAGUAACUGCAAGAAGAACUGGAAAAUUAAUGCUCGAAGACGAAGAGGAAGAUUUUUUGGAUGCUUGCAAGAAAUUACCUAUGAAAAAGAAGACAGAUGAUGAAUCCUCACAUUCUUACUCAGGAGAAGACGAAGCUUCAGAAGCUUCAGAUAGUUCCAAAGGAUUUUCUAACAGAAGCAAUGAGGAAAACGGAAAGGUAUUUGGAAGAAAAACUGGAAAAUUCAUGCGCUCUAAGAAUUUAUUAGAAGACGAAUCAGAUUUAAGUCCGCCAAGUGAGUUUUCAGAUUCUAGCCGAGAAGAAAACGAAAAGCCAAAUAAAAAAUUAUCUGGAGGAAAAUCUGGGAAAUCCCUGCCCCCUAAAAGUUCAUCAGAUGAAGAAUCCGACUUAAGUCCGCCAAGCGAGUUUUCAGAUUCUAGCGAAGUAGAAGAAGAAGCACCAGAUGUUGCUGGAAAAAAACCUUUGGGGGGAAGCGAAGAAAAUAAAACAGUUUCUACCGGAAAUACUGAGAAAUCCAUGUCACCCAUGAAUGCAACAGAUGACGAAUCCGAUCUAAGUCCGCCAAGCGAGUUUUCAGAUUCAAGCGGAGUAGAAGAAGAAGCACCAGAAACUGUGAAAUCCAUGUCAGAUGACGAAUCCGAGUUUUCAGAUUCUAGCGGAGUAGAAGAAGAAGCACCAGAAACUGUGAAAUCCAUGUCAGAUGACGAAUCCGAUCUAAGUCCACCAAGUGAAUUUUCAGAUACUAACUCUGACGACGACGAAGCUCUAGAAGAUGCUUCUGAAAUGUCCACAAGAGUCGGAAGUUCGUCCGAAGAUGACUCGGAUGAUCGCAAUGUUGUGGAUAAAAAUAGAAGCAAUGAAGAUAAAGAGGUGGACAAAGAUAUAUCCAUGGAUAAGAACUUAAGAUCAAUAGAAGAUAAAGAAAAUAUCACCUCAGGGUUAAAGCAAUUUGAAAACUCGUCUAGUAAUGAAGUUUCAGGCGAAAACAAUAUUGAAGAUAAGUCCUCUGACGAUGGUAACAAUAUUUUACAUAUAGAAAAACCGAAAGAAGACUUCACAAAAAAUAAGCAUUUAGCAAGACAAGAAAUUAAAGAGAAUAUAACUAACGUAUUAAUGCAACUUGAAAACUCAGCUUAUGAUGAAGCUUUAGACGGAGGCAGAACAGGAAUAGGUGCAAACUCAUCCGAAGAUGAAUCUUCUAAGAAUUCCGACGAUGGUCUAAAUAUAAUGAAACAACCAAAGCUAAUGGAAGGCGUAACCAAAAGUUCAACGAUAAGCGAAUAUACGGAGAACAAAACUGAGGAAGAGUCCCCAGGUAUUGGCAACUCAAAUGUCGACGACUUCAAGGAUUAGCAAGUGAACUCAAAUAAUGAGUGAAUCAUUGCAACACAAGAGAUAACAAAAGAUAGCAGACAAACUUUUGGAUGAGGCCAAAAUUUUAUAGCAAAUAUAGACGAUCGGGAGAGCGAUAUUAAAGGUAUAACUGAAAAGAGGAAGGAAGAAUCGAAACAAGAUGAAGGCUCACCUAAGAAUUAAAUUUCAGAUGAAAUGUAAAUCCAGUUAAAAAUAAUUAAAAUUAGCUGCAGCGAAAAUUGUGAAAUAAAAAAAGGAAGAAUAUAGAAUUGAAGAUCAUUGAGAGGAAGGAUACCAGAAGAACAGAUGAGCAGUUGAGAAAUUCUUCGAUUCAUGUUCCGAUAGAAGUUAAAUACAAUGAAAUUGAAGCUUUAGAUUGCCAAGGAAAGUAAUACUCAAAAGGUAUUUUAGUAGAUUUCUAUUGUCAGUGUAAUAUAUGCAGAUAUUGUAACCAAAAAAGAUGAAAAUAAAAGACAUAAAUAAUUCGUUAGCCUCGACUACCCCCAAA